AUGGCCACCCUGCAUCAUCAAUUCGCGAGCCUUGGUUUCGACGACGCAGCAGCUGCUGAUCAUGAUCAUGAUUCUAAGGCACGUGAGGCGCUUCAAAGCGAGUCCCAUGGAGCUCCACCCCUAGCAGCAGCAGCAAAACCAUCAGCAGCAGCCGACGAUGAUGGUGUUGAGGGCCUCUUUGCUCGCCUCGCGCGCGACUUACAUCGGGCGACAACAGAGCAGCAGCGGCUCGACGCCAUCGCGCCGUGUCUGUUCGUCGGCAACGCCAUGCGCGACUGGCGCGAAUCCCACGGGCGCACGCCGCAAGAGGCGUUCGGCUUCCUCCUCGUUCGCGCCAUGCCGUCCGCCGCGGAGUCUCUGCAGAUGCGCGGUGAGCCCGGGGGUGCACGGGCGUGGUUGGGGGAGACCGGAGGCGAUAAGCGUGUGAGAGAGUGGGUGGGUGGUUCAGGCGAACGCGUGCGACGUGCACUCGUCUCCACACGCUCUCGCCACCCCUGCCCAACCCCCUUGCCCAACGCCCACUCCCACCCACCCCCAUGCUCCCUCCAUGGCACUCACCUCACCUCCACACGCUUGAGCCAUGCCAUGCCCGCCCCUGCUAACCUACUCCCCAUGCUCACCCCCCCAUGGCAACCCCGUGAUGCCCUUCCCGCCCAUCCCCUUCUCCCCUAUGCGCACCCCCAUGCCAUGCCACCCACUGCCCCCAUGGCAGACAUGUUCUGUUUGAGGGAGUGCAGCAGCGGGCGAGCCAACUCCUCCGCGGACUGGAAGAGCAUCCAGGAGCAGAGCCACGCAGCAAGGACGGUGGCGGUCACUGUAGCGCCCCACUUGCUGCCGGGGCUCUCUGCUAGCGCGGCUGCCAGCCUGCACCACGCCUGCCGUGCCACCCACCUGGGUGUGCUCUCCAGUCAAACCAAUUUGCAAGGCGACAAGGUAUGCCGUGCCCUCCCCGCUCUCUGUGCAUUCCCCACUCGCUGUGCCUCCCCACUCGUUCUGCCCUCCCCACUCGCUCUGCCCUCCCCACCCUCCCUCCCGUUUCUGUGGCGCCGCUGUCUUCUCUCCCACCUCCCUCAUCCCGCCUUCAACUUCCUUUUCUCUAUUCCCUGUUCCCUUUUCUCUUCUGUGUCCAUCCCAUCCCAUCUCAUCCGUGCUGCCCAUCCAUCCGCCUGUCAGCUGCCAGCCAUCAGGACGUGGGAGUACUGCCACAGCCACCAUCGGAGCGCCAGUGUCACUCGUCGUUAG